GCGGUAGCCGAAGGAGGGAUCUUGCAAGGGGGAGCCAGCCUGGUGCCGCUCGUCUUCCCCUCCCCGUCACUCCCCUCCCCCCACCCCGUCGCUGCCGCUUUCCCUCUGCCAAUUCGGAGAGCGCCGGGCUCCUGUGACAUGCGACCGCUGCCAAGUGACGGUCCCCGAGUCUGAAGUGCCCGCGAGGAAGUGAGCGUCAAGGCGGGCCGCCGGCGAUGACAGCCAUGAAGCAGGAGCAGCAGCCCACCCCGGGGGCCAGGGCGAGCCAGGCGCAGCCGGCGGACCAGGAACUGGGAAGUAACAGCCCUCCACAGAGAAACUGGAAGGGAAUUGCUAUUGCCCUGCUGGUGAUUUUAGUUGUAUGCUCACUCAUCACUAUGUCAGUCAUCCUCUUAACCCCAGAUGAACUCACAAAUUCAUCAGAAACCAGAUUGUCUUUAGAAGACCUCUUUAGGAAAGAUUUUGUGCUUCAUGACCCAGAAGCUCGGUGGAUCAAUGAUACAGAUGUGGUGUAUAAAAGCGAGAAUGGACAUGUCAUUAAACUGAAUAUAGAAACAAAUGCCACCACAUUAUUAUUGGAAAACACAACUUUUGUAACCUUCAAAGCCUCAAAACAUUCAGUUUCACCCGAUUUAAAAUAUGUUCUUCUGGCAUAUGAUGUCAAACAGAUUUUUCAUUAUUCCUAUACUGCUUCAUAUGUGAUUUACAACAUACACACAAGGGAAGUUUGGGAGUUAAAUCCUCCAGAAGUAGAGGACUCCAUCUUGCAGUAUGCAGCCUGGGGUGUCCAAGGCCAGCAGCUGAUUUAUAUUUUUGAAAAUAAUAUCUACUAUCAACCUGAUAUAAAGAGCAGUUCAUUGCGGCUGACAUCUUCCGGAAAAGAAGGAAUUAUUUUUAAUGGGAUUGCUGACUGGUUAUACGAAGAGGAACUUCUGCAUUCUCAUAUUGCCCACUGGUGGUCACCAGAUGGAGAAAGGCUUGCCUUCCUGAUGAUAAAUGACUCGUUGGUGCCUAACAUGAUUAUUCCUCGAUUUACCGGAGCAUUGUAUCCCAAAGGAAAGCAGUAUCCAUAUCCUAAGGCAGGUCAAAUGAACCCAACCAUCAAAUUAUAUGUUGUAAACCUAUAUGGACCAACUCAUACUUUGGAACUCAUGCCACCUGACAGCUUUAAAUCAAGAGAAUAUUAUAUCACUAUGGUUAAAUGGGUAAGCAAUACGAAGACGGUGGUCAGAUGGUUAAACCGGCCUCAGAACAUUUCCAUCCUCACGGUCUGUGAGACCACCACUGGCGCUUGUAGUAGAAAAUAUGAGAUGACAUCAGAUACGUGGCUCUCCAAACAGAAUGAGGAGCCAGUGUUUUCUAGAGACGGCAGCACAUUCUUUAUGACAGUUCCUGUUAAGCAAGGGGGCCGUGGAGAAUUUCACCACAUAGCGAUGUUUCUUGUCCAGAGUAAAAGUGAGCAAAUUACCGUGCGGCAUCUGACAUCAGGAAACUGGGAAGUGAUAAAGAUCUUGGCAUACGAUGAAACUACUCAAAAAAUUUACUUUCUGAGCACCGAGUCUUCGCCCAGAGGGAGGCAGCUGUACAGUGCUUCUACUGAAGGAUUACUGAAUCGUCAAUGCAUUUCAUGUAAUUUCAUGAAAGAACAAUGUACAUAUUUUGGUGCCAGUUUUAGUCCUAUGAAUCAACAUUUCCUAUUAUUCUGUAAAGGCCCAGGCAUCCCAAUGGUCAGUCUCCAUAGCACGGAAAACCCAGCGAAGUAUUUUAUAUUGGAAAGCAAUUCUAUGCUGAAGGAAGCUAUCCUGAAGAAGAAGAUAGUGAAGUCAGAAAUUAAAAUGCUUCAUAUUGAUGACUAUGAACUUCCUUUACAGUUGUCCUUUCCCAAAGAUUUUACGGACCGAAACCAGUAUGCUCUUCUGUUAAUAAUGGAUGAAGAACCAGGAGGCCAGCUGGUUACAGAUAAGUUCCACAUUGACUGGGAUUCAGUACUUGUUGACACAGAUAAUGUUAUCACGGCACGAUUUGAUGGCAGAGGAAGUGGAUUCCAGGGCCUGAAAAUUCUGCAGGAGAUUCAUCGAAGGUUAGGUUCAGUGGAAGUAAAGGACCAAAUAGCAGCUGUGAAAUUUCUACUGAAACAGCCAUACAUUGAUUCCAAAAGAUUAAGCAUUUUUGGAAAGGGGUAUGGUGGCUAUAUUGCAUCAAUGAUCUUAAAAUCAGAUGAAAAGCUUUUUAAAUGUGGAUCAGUGAUUGCACCCAUCACAGACUUGAAGUUGUAUGCCUCAGCAUUCUCUGAAAGAUAUCUUGGUAUGCCAUCUAGGGAAGAAAGCACAUACCAGGCAUCCAGUGUCCUCCAUAAUAUUCAUGGCUUAAAAGAAGAAAAUAUAUUAAUAAUUCACGGGACUGCUGACACAAAAGUCCAUUUCCAGCAUUCAGCAGAAUUGAUCAAACAUCUAAUAAAAGCUGGAGUGAAUUAUACUAUGCAGAUCUACCCAGAUGAAGGUCAUAACAUAUCUGAGAAGAGCAAGUAUCAUCUCUACAGCACAAUCCUCAGAUUCUUCAGUGAUUGUUUAAAGGAAGAAAUACCCAUGUUACCACAGGAACCAGAAGAAGAUGAAUAACGGACCCUAUUUAUAUAGAACUGAAGGGGAUAUUGAGGCUCAAUGGAACCUAACCAAGAGACUGUAAUAUUGUACAUGCUCCAGAAUUCCAAGGGCAGCUUAAGGAGGUGACACUGGAACAGCACACUCAGAGACAAUGAACUAGAAUUUGAAACCAGAUGUCCAAGUCUACUGUGUUGCUAAGGGUGCAGAACCUGUUUCUUUGUGUAAGGAAGGUCUAAGGGUUGGUUUCCUGGGAGAAAUUAGUUUUGCAUUAAAGUAGGAGUAGUGCAUGUUUUCUUCUGUUAUCCCCCUCUUUGUUCUGUAACUAGUUGCUCAUUUUAAUUUCAGUGGCCACCAUCAUCUUUGCAUAGGAUGCACACUUACUUAUCAGUACCACACCCCUGAUCUUUGAUGGCUGAGCUGCAAUCUAACACCUUACUGUAUCUUUACAAGUGCAAUUCCUUCAUUGUCUAUUAUUAUGCUUACGAAAAUAUUCAGUUAAUAAAAAACAGAGUAUUUUAUGUAAUUUGUUUAUAAAAAGACAUUAUUAAAUGGGUCAAGGGUCAUGUAGAAAUACGGAUUUCAGCACCUUCCAAAGUUCAGCCAGUUAUCAGUAGAUACAGUAUCUUUAAAACAACACACGAGUGUAUGUCUCACAAUAUAUAGACACACGUGUGCAUAUACAGUCAAUAAAUCUAUCUUUACAUGUUAUUCAUGCUACAAAGGAUAAACUUCUGAUGAAUUAGAAGAGAUGCUCUUUUACAGGCUGUAAUGGAUGCUUUGUUUAAUGAGCCAAAUAUGAUGAAACAUUUUUUCCAAUUCAGACUCUAGCUGUUGCUUUCCUAUAAAUGUUUGGGUUGUGUUUGGUAUCGUUUUUAGUGGUUACUAGUUUUCUAGUUGCAAUUUAAUUUUUUGAAUAUGAUACCUUGUCACAUGUAAAUUAGAUACUUAAAUAUUAAAUUAUAGUUUCUGAUAAAGAAAUUUUGUUAACAAUGCAAUGCCACUGAGUGCUAUUUUGCUCUUUUGGUGGAGAAGGCUUUUUUUAAAACACUUGGUCCUUUUACUUCUCUCUCUCAAUGCAGAAUCAAUUCUCAUUUUCAUUGUAAAAGCAAAGAGCUGGAUUAUUUCAUUCGCCAGUUCCUAUUAGUAUUCUGUGCCUGCCCACUUCAUCUGUUACUGUUUAAUUUAAAUCCUUCUGGUGAGAAUUAGAAAUGAAAUAUUUUAUAUUCAUUGGCCAAAAAGUUCACAAACAGCAGUGUUUGCUAUUUGAGUUGAAGGCACAAAUGCAUUAAUUCCUGUGCUGUAUUGACUUGCAGUAGUAAGUAACUGAGAGUGUAAAAUAAACUUGACUGUCUGAAGUCAAAUUUAAGUCAUGAGAAUAUUAAAUUUGGUGACUAAAAUCACUUUGGUGACUUAA